GAUGCUCUGAGUUACGCAAACGAACACAAAAGGUGUGGGAUGGCUGUCUCGUUUUACACCUAAUCCCAGUUAAGGUGAUUGCCACAGGUGCUGAUCUGACAUUUUGAGAGCUCUAGCUAGCAGGAACGCAGCAGCAGCAUGACUAGGGGCACCUUUUUCCUUUUUCUACUUGCUCUUGUUGAAGUGACCGCUUCCAGCAUAAAUGAUACCAGCAUUCGUGAAAAGCGGGAUGCUGUUCUUAUACGUUCAAAGAGAAGAUGGGUUCUGUCCACCAUUGAUCUAGAGGAGAACAUGCCUGGACCUUUUCCCGCGGAGGUAACACAGAUGUUCAAUGACCAAAAGGGGGACAACACCGUCAAGUUCCGCAUCACAGGAGAUGGAGUGACAAAGGAACCACUUGGUUUGUUUUCCAUUGACGAAAACACUGGGGUUGUAUACGUACACCGGGCCAUCGACCGGGAAAUGAAUCGCAUGUUCCAUGUAGACUUUGACGUGCUUAGCAGGGCGACUGACCAGGCGGUGGACAAAACGUUGUCAUUUAAUGUGGAAAUAAAGGACAAGAAUGAUAAUAGUCCUGUGUUCAAGCCGGACACUAUCCAAGCAACAAUUUCCGAGAACGCCGCUCAAGGCUCUCCCCUGGCAACAUUACAAGCUUAUGACAUUGAUCAGGAGAAAACUCCUAAUUCCCAGUUCAACAUGACCGUGGUGUCACAAGUACCUGGCUCACCAAAAAUUUUCCUGAAGGAUCUGCCUCUAACAACUGGAACUAAACAGCUCACCUUCACAGGAUGCUUUGAUUAUGAUAAAGUAAAAACAUACAAAGUGCUAGUUGAAGCGAAGGAUCUAGGGACACCUACAAUGUCUUCAACUGCAACUGUUCUUCUGAACAUCACAGAUUCCAACACCCAUCUCCCAGAAUUCAGUUCUGCCAUGUACAACGCUGAAGUGAUGGAAAUGGAAUUAAACACGGAGAUCCUAAGAAUUGGCGUCACAGACAAGGACACACCAAACACGCCUGCGUCAAGAGCAGUGUUCUCCAUCCUGAAGGGCAACGAAGAUCGAAAUUACAAGAUCGAGACAGAUCCCAAAACCAAUGAAGGUGUGCUGUCUGUUAUCAGGGGGAAGAAUUUUGAGAAAACUGAGAUCACAGAGCUGGAGAUAGCAGUCGAGAACGAGGAGAAAUUAUUUCAGUGUGUUGAUGGAAAGCCCGUAAUAGGUUUUAGACCAAAGCUAAACACUGCCAAAGUGGCAGUGAAAGUCAUUGAUGUGAAUGAUCCCCCUGAAUUUAAGAAGAAUGUUGAAAAAGUUCACCGAAAUGAAAAUGGAGCUCCAGGAGAUGUGUUGUUUGUACCUGAAAUCAAAGAUGAAGACUCUGACAUAACCAAAAUCAGGUAUGAGUUAGCAAAAGACCCAGCCAAAUGGAUGAGUGUUGACCCGAAGACAGGAAAGAUCACCACAGUUCAGAAGAUGGACCGAGAGUCUGAACAUGUCUCAAUAAAUGGCACCUACACUGUUGUAGUCCAUGCUAUAGAUGACGGACAACCUCCAGCUACAGGUACAUGUACUGUUGUGGUCUACCUGGGUGACUUGAACGAUAAUGCCCCCAAUCUCACCUCCAAAAGCGUGGUCAUGUGCGGAAACAAGGUCAACCGUGUCAGUGUGACACCAGUAGACCAUGAUGGUCCUCCGUUUUCUAGUCCUUUUACCUUCUCUCUGGGAGGAGAAGAAGAGCUUAAGAAACUCUGGAAGCUGGAGCCCACCACAGGAGAAAACACCUCUUUGAUAAGUUUGACGACUCUGCCAUAUGGAAACUACUCAGUUCCUUUGAAGAUGCAGGAUCAACAAGCACUGCAGUCAGAAGAGGUUCUGCAGGUGGUUGUGUGUGAAUGUACGAGAGGAAAUGUAUGUCGUGGGCGUCUUCCUUUCUCCUCAAGGCUGGGUCCAGCAGCGAUCGGUCUCUUGUUUGCCGGACUUCUCCUUUUGGCCCUUCUACUCCUCUGUUGUUUUAUCUGUGACUGUCAAAACAAGAACUUUCAACACAUCCCCCUGAACCUGCAAGAUGAGGGCAACCAAACCCUUGUCAAAUACAACGAGGAGGGAGGAGGCUCAAUCUAUAAGCCCGAGUCCAUGCUUGCUUCUAAUAUUGGUCUCAGGGAAAGCUUGAAAAUUGCAUCUGCACCGCCUGAGUACCUGGUUACUGAUGGAUACAGGAAGGCUGAAAACGGUAUGCUGAGAAGCCCUUUGGGGUAUCAGUAUAACUCUGGGACAUUCCAGGAAAUGUCCAAUGGUAGUGGUGUGAUGAGCAUGCCAUAUCAUACCUGGUCAACUGUCCGAAGGGAAAGGGAAAGCAUUAGGAAUGGAGGUGGUCAGCUGUCCCGUUCAUUUAGCUUGGCUCGAACCGAAAGAAACCUUGCAGAACGCAUUGAGAGGAAAAUCAGCGGGUUUCCAGAAGAAUUGAAUGACUAUCCAGCAUAUUCCCCAUAUCAGUAUGAAUAUGAGGGGAAGGGAAGUGAUUGCCAGUCUCUGGAUCAGUUGACUGUUAGCAACCUUGGUGAUAACCUGGACUUCCUGCAGAACCUUGGGCCAAAGUUCAGCACUCUGGGUGGGAUUUGUCAACAGUCAUUGGAGCACAGGAAUGUCCGACUGUGAAAAUGGAUGAUGAUUUGAGGCUUGAGCAAUUCUGUUUUAUAUUGUUACACAUUUCUAUAAUGCUUGUUCAUCUCAACUGCAAAGGGGUACCGGGGAUUUUUUGUGCUGUGAUUUUUAUUUUUUGGAGAUAUGUUGCUCGAAGACAUGCCUUGAAUUUGAGCACCAUGAAACUUGUACAGUCGCAGGGUAAUUAUGGAUAAGCUGUGAACAUUGCAUCUUCAGUGCCAAGACUGGCCUCAAGUAACUAUGGGAUACACUAUGCAUUUGUACUCACAAUUAAGGAUGAAUGUUGGGUGCUUGAAUUGAAAACCACCUGAACUCAGCUUGUUCCACCCUGUCUGAAAUGAUCAGAGGCGUCUUGGUGGGUCUUGGCAGUGACCAAAGUGCUUCUUCUCUCACUAAUGCACUAAUAAGCCACUGUACUGAUCGGAUCUGUUCUGAAUUUACAUCUUUUUUCCUCAGCAAACGCAAAGCCACACAUCCCAACCACACUUCGCUAUGCUGAUUGUGUAAGCAAGUGAUUUUCUGGGGUUGUCCUGCACUUACAUGAUGCUAGUGGGAUGCUGCUUUUAGCUACCGUAUUGUUUCAUGCACUUUGCUAGAAUGAAUUUGCACUGCAGAAUUGUAUUUAAAGGGAUUUUCCAGCUGAAAAUGACAAUUCUAUCAUUUACUCACCUUAAUGUUGUUCCAAACAUAGGGAAGCUUAUUUCCGCCAUGGAAUAAAUAAUAAUAUAUAAUAAUAUAAUAAUUAAUAAUUAUCCCACAAUUGUGAUUUUUUCUUUCUUUCAGAAUUCUGAGGUUUUUUAUACACCUGACCUAUACGUGUACAUAAAGAAUUUGGAGAAAUUAAAUAUAAACUCGCGAUUGCAAGAUAUUUUAUUUUUUAAAUAUUUAUUUUCUGUGAUGAAAAUAAGCUUCCAAACAAACCUAUAUAACUUUCUUUCUUCUGUGAAACACAAAACAAGAUACUUUAAAGGACACUGGAAACCAAAAAACAUUGGAGCCCAUUGACUUUCAUAUGGACAAGAAGUACAGUUUUUGAAAGACAUGGGUAAGUAAAUAAUAACUGAAUAUUCAUUUUUGAGUGAACAUUCCCUUUAAAUACUGAGCAUUAAAAAAACAGCAAAAGUGAAUAAAGACAAUAAAGAACAAGCAGAAGUCAUUUCAGAGAAAAAUGAGAGAAAGAAAAUGAAGGUAAAGAUCGUUUAUCACUUCAACAGUAUCUGAGAGUCUGGCAGGUGGCAGUAAUGCACCAUCAAUAAUUACUACAUCCCUCUUACGUAUUUGUGUUUCCUCUUCUUAAAGGGCCUUUGUUCACCUGGGUUUUUUUUUCAUUGUUGGGAGGCUUUAUGAAGAGUGGCUUUUUUCUUUAAUCAUGUUACAUUUACGAUUUGUAAGUGUGAACACAAUGCAGUGUUCAUCUAUUUCUUUUAUAUUGCUCAUUGUAUUGUAAAUACUUUUUAUUUCAUCCAAAUUUGUCUUUAAGUAAGGAUUGAUGAUGUGUUUUAAAAACAGUGAUCUGGAUGGUUUUGGUGUAGAGGUACUGAGGGCCUGAGAUGUUGUCUGCAAUGUUCACCUUUUCCGUGAGGAACAGCCUCUUUAAAAAUGUAUUUUAACAUUAUCUGAAUAAAUAGGAUUAAAAUAAUGUUUAGUACAUUAA